AUGGAGCCCACAAGGGUGGCUCCUGGGGCGCAGGGCCUGGGGUCCCGAGUGGCGACGGGGUCAGGGACGGCCGCGGAGCUUGUGUACCACCUAGCGGGGGCCCUGGGCACUGAGCUGCAAGAGCUGGCGCGCCGUUUCGGACCAGAGGCGGCUGCCGGGCUGGUGCCGCUGGUGGUGAGGGCGCUGGAGUUUCUGGAGAAGGCUGCCGUGGGGCCCGCCCCAGACUCGCUGCAGGUGUCGGCGCAGCAGGCCGAGGCGGAGCUGCGGCGUCUGCGCGAGGAAAACGAGCACCUCCGCAGGGAGCUGCGCUGCGGGCCACAGGAGGAGCGCGCUCUGCUGCGGCGGCUCAAGGAGGUGACCGACCGACAGCGGGACGAACUCCGGGCGCACAGCCGUGAUCUGCUGCAGCGGAGCCAGGAGACAGAGGCGCUGCAGGAGCAGCUGCAGCGCCUCCUGCUGGUGAAUGCCGAGUUGCGGCACAAACUGGCGGCCCUGGAAAUCCAGCUGCGCUCCGCGCGUGACCGCGAGAGGGAGCUACUCGCGCGGCUGUGCCGAGGGGCUCCGGGGCCGGGGUGUGAAUUCGAAUCCGCCGCCACUGGAAGCCCUCGAUCCCCUGAAGACCUGGUGGGGGCCCAGCAGCCAGAGUGCCCCUCCAAGGCAGUGCAGUGCGACUUCAGUCGAAAGGAGCUUCAGCAGGUCCUUCAGGAGCGGAAUGAGCUCAAAGCCAAUGUGUUCCUACUGAAGGAGGAGCUGGCCUACUUCCAGCGGGAGCUACUCACAGAUCACCGGGUCCCUGGACUUCUACUUGAAGCCAUGAAGGUGGCUGUUAAGAAGCAGCGGAAGAAGAUCAAGGCCAAGAUGUUAGGGACCCCAGAGGAAGCCGAGAGCAGUGAUGAUGAAGAUGACUCAUGGCUCCUGAUCUCCAGUGAUAAGGAAGACCACCCUCCAGCCCCCGAGUCCAGGAUACAGAGUUUCUUUGGCCUGUGGUAUCAUGGUGAAGCAGAGAAGACUUGCAGCACAACUCCCAGCGUGCCAGGGAGAGAAGAGGAUGUCCCACAGCCUGUGGACAGCCAUGCAACUCCCAACUCUUGACCAGCCCUGCUCGGUUUACAGUGAACAUUUGUCUGGGGGUCUCCAUUGCCCCCCAGGCCUGACUCUGGGGUCUGACUUUGGGCAGAUGUGGCCUUCAGUGAGGACAGGGCUCCCUCCUUCCUAGCCCAGCCUCUUCCCAAUGCUGACCUGAGCCAGGGUGUGUUAGGGGGCCCAGCCACCUUCCUGCCCCAUGUCUCUGCCCCCUCUGAUCAGGUGCUUCCUGAUCAGGUGUCAGAAAUGGAGAGCUCACUGCCGUCUGCAGGGGUUGGAGGGGCUUAAGCUGGUGUAAUAAACAACUGCCUGUGACACCCAGUUGCUGCUUCG